AGAGUACCCGGGAUGUACUCCGUACUUUUGCUUCUAUUUCCCCCAUACAGCAUCUUUGACGUGUCUCUAUACGGGCUGCCUUGGCUAUCACCUCUUGUGUUGACAAUACUCAUCAUCUCAUAAUGUCGAACAAUACAAAAAGUGAUUCCUCACAAUGGAACCAGCCCUAUACCGAGCCUGAUCCGGACGCGUACUCCUCCUACCAACGUGAAGUCUACGGCUCAUUGCGUGCUCCACUGUUUUCAACCAAACCUCAAGAAUGGGAAUCUCUAGCACGAGCAAAAGUGCCAGCCUCUAACUUUGGCUAUGUCUAUGGCUCUGCCAGCAGCGCUCAGACCAAUGCCGCCAACUUGUCCGCCUUUGAUCGCUACCGUCUCAAGCCGAGUAUGCUCGUCAAUGCCACCAGACGAGAUGUCAGCAUUGAACUAUUCGGCACAAGGUAUAAUAGUCCGCUCCUCGUCGCACCUGUAGGCGUUCAAAAUAUCAUGCACCGAGAUGGAGAAGAGGCCACGGCCAGAGCAUGUCAAAAGGUCGGUGUGCCCAUGAUCACCUCCUCCGCCGCAACCAGAACCCUCGAGCAAAUCGCGGCGGCCAACGGAGACGGCAACCGAUGGUACCAGCUCUACUGGCCACGACCGCAGUGGGAAGAAGUGACCGUCAGCCUUCUUAACCGGGCCAAGGCCAAUGGAUACAAGGUCCUCGUCGUGACCUUGGACACGUUCAAUCUUGCCUGGCGACCGACUGACCUCGACACCUCGUACCUGCCAUUCAUUUGGGGCGACGGCUGUCAGAUCGGACAUUCUGACCCCGUUUUCAAUAGACGGUACGAGGAAUCUCUGAAACAAGACAAGCGAAACUACGGUGAAAAGCUGGCCGAGUUAUGGACAAUGCUCAAACGCCCUGGAUCGGCGUACGGCGCCGUUCGCGUCUUGACAAACAUUCAUGUCUUGCAAAAGUCCCGGGCUUGGCUGGAUGUCUUGAACUCUGGGACCUACCGAGAGUGGCAACAUCUCGAGAUUCUCAAGAAGCUCUGGGACGGUCCGAUUGUUCUCAAAGGUAUUCAGACCGUCGAAGAUGCCCGCAAGGCCGUCGAAUAUGGCAUGGAUGGCAUCAUAGUUUCCAAUCACGGCGGUCGACAGUGCGAUGGAGCGAUUGCGUCACUUGAUGCUCUGGCUGAUAUUGCUGCUGACGAGGUCGUCCAGCGGUCCAAGUUGACACUGUUGUUUGACAGUGGUAUUCGCACGGGGGCUGACGUACUCAAGGCGCUCGCGUUGGGUGCCAAGGCUGUGUGUAUUGGCCGUCCGUACAUGUACGGUCUCGCCAUCGGUGGUGAACAGGGUGUGGAGCAUGUCCUCAGGUGUUUAUUGGCAGACACUGACAAUAUGCUCGGCAAUAUGGGGAAAAAGAGUAUACAUGAUCUGAGUAGACAUGAUUUACAGAUUCGGCACGAGUCAAAAUUGUAACUACAUUUGAUUUAGCAAAGGAUGUACUGUUUUGUGAGAAGAGGAUUCUGAAUAAGGGACACUGAUUCAUUGUUCAUUGUUCAUUCUUCAUUGUACCCUAUGACUCCUGACCAAAGUAAGAG